GCCAUGUUCAAGGAGGCCGUGAAGAACCGCACGCCCAUCCCCAUCGACCUCUCCGCGCAGGGCCCAAGUGGUCGUCGCACCCGGUCGGGCCGCAAGCGAAGGGUUCGGCGAAGCGUGUUUGGAAGGGGGAACCAGAGCUGGCUUUGGGGGAAGUCUCGGGAGAGUGCAUCAUCUGUCCAUGCACUCCUCUUGGCAUGAGGACUGAUUUAGAUUGACAUAGGGGAAGGACUGAAGGACAAGGACACGGAGAAUUCAUGGCAGGCAUUUCGUGAAGAAAAGGGUUGCUAGCGUUCUGGCAGUAUUCACUCUCAGUCUGGUUUUCUUUUCUUGCUGGGAGUUUGUGCAGAUGAGACCGAGGCCAAUACAUGAGCUGGGACCUCUUGAUUUAAGUUGAGAGAUAUAGGGAUCUUGAUGGGCUUUGAUAGGGCGCGCACGCAACUCUAUAUAUAGGUAGAAGGACCCUUUCGAACCUCGCAAGGCUCGCGUUCGGUGGACAGUCCACACACGUUUGCCCCGCCGAUCUCCAGCCACCUAGGGAGCAACGCAGUAAGCAUCUACGUGGACAGACGUGGGGUGGAGGCCUGCCAACAGACAUCGGGCCUCUGACCAAAAGAUGCUUGUGCAGAGCGGGCCAUUCAGGGAUCAUGGAGUUCCUUUUGGUGGGCCCGGGGUGUCAGAUUCAUGGACAUUUGCCAGUGAAUGAACCUCCACCUUCAGGAAGGACCUGUGUGAUUCCUUUUCGCACUUGCCUCAGCGAUCAAGUUGGCGUGCACACCGACUAGCCUUGGAGGGGAAGAUCAUGGACGAAUCGAUCUCGCUCACCAUGAUCACAGGGUCGGUGGUGCAAAAAGGUUCGAAAACGAAUGCCUUCACGAGGUCCCCAACGUCUGCUUUUGGGUCGCCUGGGUCGCCUUUCGCUCCCCGAUUUCUUCGUCCAAUCGCCAUGGCCACCCCCGCCACCGUGCUGGUUCUGGGAGCCACCGGAAAGACGGGCAUCCCGUUGGUGGAGCAGCUGCUGCAGCGCGGCGCCGCCGUGCGCGCGCUGGUGCGUUCGCCCGAGAAGCUUCCGAAGCCCGAGGGACAGGCGCAGCUGUCCGUGACGCAGUGCAGUAGUGUCUUGGAUCUCACGGAUCAAGAGCUCCUGGAGCAGGUGAAAGGCUGCGAGGCGGUGGUCUCGUGCUUGAGCCAUGUCGGAAACCCUUGGGCCAAGCCGCACGACCUCUGCCUCAGCAUCAGCAAGCGGAUUUGCUCCGCCAUGCAGCAAGCCGCACAAGCCGAGACGACCGGGACUCGCCCGAAGUACCUGAUGAUGGGGACGGUGUUGGUGCCCAAGGCUGAUGGCUCGGAGAAGGCUCAUGGCUGGGCCUCCACCUUCAUGGUGGGCUUGUUGAAUACGUUGCUUCCUCCCAUGUACGACCACAAGCUGACGGCGGCCUACCUCAAUGAAAACAUGUCCAGCGAGAAUCCCCUGGUGGAUCACGUGGUGAUCCGGCCCAACUUGUUGGUGGACAAGCCGGUGAGCGAGUAUCAGACCUUCGACGAGCUGCAGACCGGCGUCUUCUCGCCGCAGGACUGCUCCAGGGCCAACGUGGCCCAGUUCAUGUGCGAUCUCAUCUUGAAGCCCGACCUGUGGGCGCAAUGGAAAGGGAAGAUGCCGGUGAUUAUCGACAAGGUGGCGGCCUAGCUUCCGUGUAAAAUAUCUCAACACGUCCUCCUCUUGAACAACAGACUAUCACAUUCCAUUCCGAUCAAGCAAGAAUUAGAGACUCAAGUGAAUUUCAAUGGCUAGGCCGGUUGGCCGAAAAGGGUCAAGUCAAGCUCAAGAGGAUUCUGGGACAGACUCUGCUCGAUCGUUUCGAGUGCAGCCUGGCCGGGCCAGGCAGUUCCAUUGAAUCAUUGGUUUCAAGUUCCGAGCGAGGUGGAAAA